CUUUACUUUUAUGUCAAGAUCAUCUGGUCGUUUAUUACAAGGAUACUGCCAACCAGCUGAUCAACUCUACAACGUUUUUGUCAAAUUUGUUUCAAAUCGAAAUUGUGUUCAGCAGUGAAGUCCGGCUGGCUCUCAACCGUAUUAUCUUCCAUUAGCUCGCAACAAGUGUGGGAUUUCAAUUUGUAUAAUAGUGGCGACGGUUAGCUUCAGCAGAUUCUCUGCAAAAGCAAGAAACCUCUUGAUGUAUCGCCUAUGUACCUAAUCGCAUCUAAAAAUCCGCGCUUCUUUUCCUUGGCUUAAUUUUGUUAGAUAGCGGUGCGUCUGUAGCAUACCUUAUUUGUGUAUGUGACUCGGUUAUUUUGGGUCCGUUGACAACAGCUUGUGUACAGUAGCAUAUCCUUUUCUGAUUAGUGCUGUACUUGUUUUCUUCUGCGUGCAUGAAUGAGUGUUGAAUGAGACUUCGCUCAUGUAUUUUCUAACAACAUGUAAAGUUGCUUUUGCGGAACCUACUGUCUUCCUUCUGAGCCGAGUCAUAAAUGGUACCGUGGCUUUAGGGCGGACAUACAGGUCGGAUGGUGCAAACUCAUCGAAUCACAACAGGCUGUCAAACGCAGACGCGAAGACAUUACGGACUUCUUAUAGCACUAUGGCGAAAAAUGGCAAAAGCUCCAUUGCAGGAGUGAAUGAAUAUCAACGAUAUGUCUGUUCUGUUGUACCCACACUUGAAUUCGGAAGUCAUAAAGGCCAGUGUGGAAGGAUUGGAGUUAUUGGCGGCUCCGAGGUCUUUGUCGGAGCACCGUUUUACGCAUCAAUGGCAGCUCUUCGUCUAGGAGCUGAUCUUGUUUAUGUGUUCACUACACAGAGUGCGGCAAACCCGCUGAAGUCAUACAGUCCCGAGUUGAUGGUUCACCCUUACCUAGAUAACAAGGACUGCGUUCAGCUAAUGGAUGCUACGCUACCGAAACUGCACGCGCUUGUCGUUGGAUGCGGGCUGUCUUCGCACCCGGAGGUGCACGCCGCGGUUGUGCAUAUUAUCAAGCGCGCCCGAGAGCUCAACAUGCCGAUUGUCCUUGAUGCGUCCGUAUUUCCAUUGAUUGUAUCGCAGCUUGAUUUGGUUCGUGGCUAUAAGGGAGCUGUACUCACCCCUAACUUUUCAGAGUUCAAGAAUCUUUACAAACAUGUCUGCAAGAAGGAGUUCACUGCGAAGCAAGCUACCCCAGAAUCUGUGGAAGCGUUAGCAUCUUCAAUGGGUAAUGUUACGAUCCUCGCAAAGGGUGGAGUAGACAUCGUAAGCGACGGGCUGAGCCUUGUACUUGGCGAUGAAACUGGUUCUCCUCGUCGAUGUGGUGGCCAAGGGGAUAUCCUCGCUGGUCUGCUUGGAGUUUUUUCAUAUUGGGCCUUUAACGCUCAGAAGACUGGUAUGCUGUCGCAAGCUUGCCCACUCGGCCCAGGAAUCGUCGCUGGCCUUGGAGCAUCCAUGGUAACACGUCGAUGUGCGCGCCAAGCGUUUCGAAGGAUGAAACGAAGUACGCUCUCAACGGACAUCGUCGAUGAAAUCCGAGAUAGCUUUGCGGUCCUUUUCCCGGUAGAUUAAAGUGGAGUUAGGAAACAGGCUUCUCGCAUCGAGCUGCUGUCAACACGGUGAAGAAAAACGGUCAAGGACGCAAUCGCACACAUGAUAAUAUGAAAGAAUAUUUUUCGGAGGUAAAAUACCAACGAAGUUUAAACCUAAAUUUUAUGAGCACUUCGAUUAUCAUGCAUAUUCUGUGGCUACCAAGUUCGUACGGCAAGCUCAGACGAACAUUUCCAAGUUUGUCGAAACUCCUUCGUUGCGUACUGCGUUAUCUAUAAUCUUCGGUCCAUUACCAACUAUGAAGUUUAUAAACCAUUUAACCUUGCCUUGCCAGUUGUUAGAGGAGAACGACAUUUUCAUGACUUGUACUUGUCAUUCUUACUCCUUUAGAAAACCACUCUUAAUAGUGUAAUCACCAUUCUACUGAUGCACAUGGUUGCCUUUAGAAUACUUAGGCUAAAUUUCUUAGCUGUAGUUUAUACGUUUCAACUUUUAAGAUGGUCUAUGCAAGUCAACUAAGGGCUAAUUACAUUAUGAUUAUCAGAAAGAAAUAGAAAAAUAGCUGAUAAUUAUUCUGGUAGUAGUAAAAAUACACACAUACACAGACCAUUACAUAUAUAUUGCAAAUUUACUAUACCAAAAGGAGGAAUAGCAGGAGCGGUGCGUAACGAUGUGGCAAGAACUAAUUCAGCUCUAAUAUCUACAACACUGCGUUGAGAGAAUGGCUAGAGCAUUGUUCUAGUGCACGUAUUUUCAUGCAUAGAUCUUAUCCAUAAGCUUAGUUUGCGCUAUUGCUUUGGGCUAAGUGGAACCUUGGAUUCGCAGAUUACUUCGUAUAAUAUUCGAAAAUAGUUAACAAGAUUUGCUUCUCGCAUUUGUGCAAAUGCACAUACACUAAGCUGCAGUAAUAGUAAGGUAGUGGAUGACAAAUACACUUUGCUUCAAUUGAAUGUACGUUUGUGAAAGUGUCAGUAUAUAAUAGUUUGUUAUUUAAUCGAGCAACUGAAAAAGGUAUAUCUUAACUUCUGCAUUUUGGCAGCAUAUGUCUAAUAUUUGGACCGGUUUAUUUCAAUAUACGUUUUCUUUCAGUUUAGUUAAGUAAAAGAAGAGUCUUUAGAUAUUACUUCGAUACGACAUAAUACAAAACGAGAUACUGUUCCUGUACGGUUGCACAUGUGCGAACAGUAUAACUGUUGUUCGUUAUUUUAUUAAUAAAUACCCACAUACAAUGAA